CAAAUUUAUAAAGAAAUAAAUAUAUUUUUAAUCAGAGCAAAAAAAAAACCCUAUAGAUUCAUAUAGGUUACAAUGAGAUUACUUACAUUUAUAUGGCCUGUGUUGUGUAACUGUUAACAUAGCAACAAACUUUGAAUUUGUCUAAAAUAUGGUAAUAAUUUAAGUUAAUGUAACAGAUAACCACAAGGCAUUCAAUUAAUAAAAAAAAAUGGAUAAAUAGUCAAAAGAAAGGCAAAGGAAGUGUGCAGUGCAUUGAGGCCGCCUUACAGUAUUUAAGGCCAGAGCCAAAAGGCAAAUCAGAAGAAAAAAAAGUUAUAACAGUUGUGGGGUUUUUGUGAUGAACAACGAACAUGCUUAUGAUACAUACAUACUAAUAAUUAUAAAAAUAUUAGUUAAUUGGACAGUAGCUGUCUAAAAUAUACUAUCAACUUAGGAAUGUAAUUUCUUAACUGAUCCAUACAUUGCGUUUCCUAACCAUGUUUUGGGUUAGUAGAAAGUGGUUGUGUAAAAUGUAAACAAACAUGAUCAUUUCUGUAACAGGAACCAAAUGAUAAUAGUAUUAAUAGGCCUACAUAUCACUUACAAAAACAUGGAUAUAUUGGACUUUCAAAGCAAUUUUGUGAGUGACAGUCUGAGAUUUGACAGUAGUUCAGCACAAAUCAAUAGUCCAGUCAUUAACAAUUAUUUUAUGACUGAUUUAUCAUAUAGCACAUUUUUCUCAGAAAAUGCAUUAAGAAACGUACCAUGUUUAAUACAUUCAGUGACUAGUACAUGGCAUUGCCAAAAGUGGAUAACAGAUAAUAAACCAAAUUUUGAAUAUUUAAUUGAGAAAUUUGAAGUGCGGAAUGCCACCAAGCCUGUACUGAUGGCUAUGAGCGUUUCAGACCAGUACUUUCCUGAUUUCAACAAAAAAAAAAGUUUCAACAUCCAAUGUGCCAGAUCGUCUAACGACAUGUUAUUGUCCUAACAUUGCUAAACGAUUAGAAGUGAAAUAGUCAAAUCAGUCCUGUCUGAAAUGGUGAGGCGUCUGUCCCUGUUGCCAAUUGCGGAGAUAGAUAUUAUAAUGCUCAGAAAAAAGAAGAGCAAACCUUAAAACAAUAUCUGAACUACUGGAAAAAAUAUAUGUCUAGCAACUACUCACCAGAAAUUCCUUGUCUAUAUUUGAAGGACUGGCAUUUUACCAGAGAUUUUCCAGAUAGGAAUAUUUACAGAGUCCCACACAUCUUUGCCUCGGAUUGGUUAAAUGAAUAUUUCACAUCAAGAGAGGAUGUACAGGAUGAUUACAGAUUCAUUUACAUGGGGCCCAAAGGUUCAUGGACGCCUUUUCAUGCUGAUGUAUUUUCAUCAUUCAGUUGGUCCGUAAACUUAUGUGGCAAGAAACGGUGGGUGCUUUUUCCCCCUGGGGAGGAGAAACAUCUCACCGAUAUACAUGGCAACUUAGCAUAUGAUGUUGAAGAUCCUACCUUGAAAAAUAGAGACAGGUUUGAAAGCUAUCAAAAAUUGAAGACUCAGUUGGAAGUAAUACAAAAUCCUGGAGAAGCAAUAUUUGUCCCCUCAGGCUGGCAUCAUCAAGUGUGGAAUUUGGAUGAUACUAUCUCCAUAAACCAUAACUGGGUGAAUGGCUGUAACAUUGGAAAGAUGUGGAACUCACUGAGGGGCAAUUUGGCGGCAGUCAAGGCAGAGAUCUCCGACUGUCAAGACAUGGAAGAGUGGGAGGAACAUUGUCAGCUCAUGUUGAACGCAUCAUUUGGCCUAGACUACAAGCAGUUCUGUUCAUUUUUACUGUACAUAAUUCACACACGAUUAAUACAUCUAAGCGAAAACACAGAUUUAAAAGUGUACGGAAAUUGGUUCAUGGGUGUAAAUCACUUAAAAUUCGACAUAAUGCAAGCCAAAUUAACUUUGGAAAAACUCGCUUCCGAUUCAGAUUUUAACAAAUUAAACUAUUUUUGUAAAGCAGAAAAUGAUAUAAGGGUGAUAAUGGAAGAAAUUGACACUGCUAUGGAUAGAAAGUGAUAUUUUAUUGUAUACUGGUAUGACUAGAAAGUGUAAUCUAUAUGAUACAAAAUAUAUUAAGGUAUAGUCUUCAGUUACAAGAGUUGAGAUCCUAUAAUAUACAUAUCAUGUAUACUAAGAAAUACCAAUAUUGUCUUGUCAUGUAAAGAGUCAGUACGAUCAUGCAGUUACACAAGACAUGCUUUUGUUUACAAAAUAAAACUGUUAAAAGACUUGUAGUGUAGAAAAUAUACACCAUUUUAUCAAAUAAACAAAAUAUAUCUUUGCUGUUAACAUCCAAAACAUAAAUUAAUUUACUUAAAGUAAUAGUUUUUGUGUAUUUAAUGAAAUUUUUAAAUGGAUUAAAAUUCUUUGGUUUAAGUCGGUAUUGCUUUAUGCAUGAAUUUAAGACUUAAGGGUUUUAAGACUUGAUUCUUUCAUUCCGAGACUACAUUAGUUCCUAAAAAAAUGAACAGUGUUAUCACAUGAAUUUGUUUGACAGUACAGAGCUUUCAGUUCAACUCACUAUUCUAAGUGUAAAUAUAACAUCUACAUUUUCGUGCACUUAGAAAUCUAUUAUCUACAGAAGGCAAUCUCAUGCAAAUCUUUAAAAAUCUGUUAUCUUAGUGCUGUACUAAUCUAACGUAUAUUGGACCUUUUUUAAAAUUUUAUAGACAGUGGGAAAAUACUCUUUUAACAAUCUAAGUACAUGUGAAAAUAAUCCUACAAAUACUGGUAACAAUGAAUAUAUUAAUUCAAAAAACUUAUUGGGUGAAAAUUUAAAUGAAAAGAUAUUUAAAAAUUAAAAUAUAUUAAAGAUUUAUUUAUUUGUUAUUUACUUUAAUAAGGAAGGAAUGAGCAUUACGUUGUAAUAAAUACAAGGGCAUUUUGGUAAGUAAGUUGCUGUGGCAUCUGAUUGCUGAACGGGUGGAGGUAGUGGCGCUAUAUGAUUGGUGUUGUGUGGCAACAUUAAGCAUGCAUCCGGCCGAUAAAAGCUGUUUGAAAUCAACUUUCCCAUAAACUUUUAAGUACAUAAGCGUAAUUUAGAUUUAUUUUGGUAAAUAAAUGCAACCUGUGGAAAUUUAUCAUGAAUUCUGUUCUAUGGAAAAAGAAGAUAGGAGCUCUAUUGCAAUUAAAAAUGAUGCUGAUUGUUUUGUUAGAAAAGUUAAUGUGGUUACCGGUAACAUUGUCAAACAAAUCGAUAUUAGGUUAAGGAAAUAUCAAUGGUUCACACUCAGAUAUCAGAACAUUUUCCAUAAAUAAAACAAAAGGAACUACAGUGUAUGAAAUUGUGGCUGAGAGAGAAACUAAGGUAUUGUCAAUUUUGUGUCUGAAGAGUACCCAAAUUCUUGUAUUCAAAGCAAAGAAUGGGACCUAUUUUAAAAUUUCCUAAUGGUACCAUGGAAAAGGUGACAACUUUUUUUUAACCAAAUAGCCACUGGUGAUGAAACAUACGUUUCUUAUUUUGAUGUCAAUAAAAAAGUCAAUAAAUUGAGUGGGGCCACAGCUCAUUGCUGCGCCUGUGAUUGGUUACAUAUGCUGAAGAAUUUUAUUCAAUUGGUAUUUAAAAGCUUUUGCUUCAAUAAAAAGUGAUUAAAUGUAAUUGUUAAGUAUGUUGAAAAUAGAUUGAUUUGUUCUUUUAAAUGUAUAUAAUGAAAAAGCUGUUAAAGUUU